UUACAAGUCUUUUCCCCAUCAUCCACGCCUCUGGGAGAUUUCAGGCACCAUUUUUUGCUUUUCAAUUUCGUUUUUGUUUUAUACAAUUGGCUGCCUAUUAAAGAUAGUUUAAUGCUUGCGUCCGGCGUCAGGUCAGGCGUGGAUUCGUGAAUAUUGAAAUUGCUAUUAUUUAUUAUUGGCUGGCUGAUGUUUGGCCUUUUUCCAAUUAGAUUAUGACCCCUGUAAGUUGUACCCAUUAAGCAUUAAAUGGAUAUGACAUUAUUAUGGCAGUUACUGUAUUUCAGUAAGCAAGCAUCCAUCAAUUACUGUAACAUUGUUGUAGUCUUGUUAUGUCCGUCAAAUCUGACAGAAACCCUGUAUCUACUACAUGUCACAAGCCUAGCAAAUUUUGCUACCUGUUAAUGGGAUCCUUCAUUUUGACUAGUAUCACUAAAAUUGCAUUGACAUUGGUAUCUGUGCUUGGACCAAGUAAUUGUGAUGCUAAAUUACCAUUUAUUUUCUUUGAAAGCUACAUGAGGCUAUUUAUUUGCACUUUCAAAAAGAAUCUUGAAAUUUUGCUUUAGUAAGAAGGAAAAAAAUGCCAAUAAAACUUUUUCUUUUUCUUUUCCAACUCAAUAAAAGUUAGGUUGUUGGACAAAUACCUAAAAAAAUAAAAAUAUUAAUGAAUAAUUCACGGAAAAUUUUGAUUUUUAUUUAUUAUAAAAUAUAACAAAAUCAAAUUGAAAUUGAUGUAGCUAACAAAGUACAUAGUACAACAAAAUUUAAAUCUAAAUCUAAAUCAAAUUCAAGAUUGGUUUAGCAUAACAAAGUACAUAGUCAGGGACACGUCCUAAUCUCAUGUUCCUGUUAGAAAAAGCCCUAACCCUUUAAAUUCAAUCAGCUCCCCCACAAGAAAAUCUGUAGGUAAAUAAAGUGCACUUAAAAAAGGUACUAAAACCCUUAAAAAAAAGAAAAAAAACUCUCCUUGGAGGGUCAGAGGAGUGUAAAUUAUAUUUGUUAUAAGCAACUGGUCUUUUCUUGUUCAUUCCCCAGUGUUAUAAUUUCAAUCGUACUCCUACUUCUGAGUUAGAUAACUAAAGUAGAUAACUCACACAACUCGCUUAGCUUUCGUUAGUCUUUUUUUUUUAAUUUUCACACUUUUCGCAGUUUUACUCCAAUUAGAACUUGCUUCGUAUUACACUUCCUUUUUAAAAAAAAAAAAAAACAAAGGGAUUUUCGUUAGAGAAAAACAACGAAGAAGAUGGAGCCGAGAGAAGUACAAGGUCCGGCAGCAGGCGCAGGGGGAUUACAGGUACAACAACCGCAACAGAUGGUAAUGGGACCCACAUCUUCAUCAUACCCUUCGAACACCGCCUUGAACAGCCCUAAUCCAAUGGCUAAUAUACCUCCUUCUUCCACUCCUCGUUUCGUUUUCAACUCCUUAGCUUCGCCACCGCCACAGCAUUAUCAUCAACAACCGCAACAGCAACCCAAGCCGUUGGAUUCGUUUAACUCCGUUGGCUUUGAUGGAUCGUCGCAGUUACGGUACAACACGGAGCCGGCCAUGAAGAAGAAGCGGGGUAGGCCUAGAAAAUAUACUCCUGAUGGUAACAUUGCUCUUCUGCAAUUGGCACCCACCACCCCAAUUGCUUCUAACUCCGCGAAUCAUGGUGCUGGUGGUGAUUCUGUCGGUUUAGGAAGUAGUAGUGGCGGUGCUGGUGCUGCGUCGGAACCGCCUGCUAAAAGGAACCGCGGAAGGCCACCGGGUUCUGGAAAAAGACAGAUGGAUGCAUUAGGUGGAGUUGGAGGGUUGGGAUUUACUCCUCAUGUGAUCAUGGUGAAAGCCGGCGAGGACGUAGCAUCCAAGAUUAUGGCUUUUUCACAGCAAGGACCAAGGACAGUCUGUAUUCUCUCUGCAAAUGGUGCCAUCUGUAAUGUUACACUCCGCCAACCUGCAAUGUCUGGUGGUACUGUGACAUAUGAGGGCCGAUUUGAAAUUAUUUCUCUAACAGGUUCCUUCUUGCCUUCUGAAAAUAAUGGUAGUCGCAGUAGGAGUGGCGGAUUAAGUGUCUCUUUGGCUGGGUCUGAUGGUCGAGUAUUAGGUGGUGGAGUUGCAGGGAUGCUACAGGCUGCAUCACCAGUUCAGGUCAUUCUUGGCAGCUUUAUUGUGGAUGGCAAAAAACAGAACUCAGAUGUUUUCAGAACCGAACCUUCUUCCCUAUUAACACCAAAUAUGCUGAGUUUUGGAGCUCCAGGGACAAAAAGUAGCCCUCCUUCGCAAGGUGGCUCAAGCGAGUCUUCUGAUGAGAAUGGUGGUAGCCCUCUUAAUCGAGGGCCUGGGUUCUACAGCAAUUCAGCUCCAUCUAUUCAUAAUAACAAUAUGCAAAUGUACCCACUUUGGACUGGCCACACUCCACAAUGAAGAUGCUUCUGAAUUAACAGUAGAGCACUUUGGGCAUCAACUUGGUGAUUGUUCUUGCAUAACAGUUAUCGUUCAAAUUCUAAAUGCUAACAUGCUUUAAAGAAUAGAAUCGGUAGAGAAUCAUUUUUCUUCUAGAUCAAGUUUUUUGUUCAUUCUCAUCGAGUAGUUUUCAGUUUUCUCCACCUUAAUGAAAAAUGGCUGCUGUUGAUAGCUGAGAACAUUCCACCUAUUGCUUAGAAUCUCAAAUUUACUUUUGCCACCAUUGACCUAGCUGAUGAUGGUCUGUCCAGUUUGCCAAGGUUUAAUGACUCAUACAGAUAUAAUUUGCUUCAUUGUGCUUGCAUGUUGAGACAAUAGUGUAUGGCCAGAGUUGUGGACAUGUUAAUAGUUUAGAUUGUCUGAUCAAUCUUCUCCAAUCCUCCUCGAUAAUCAAAACUUGGAGUAAUCCAGGUAUGAGACUAUGACGAUCGAUUGACCGAGGAAAGAUUUUGUCUGAUUCAAAUCGAUUUACCUGCCAUCGACACAUGCAAACAACAACACAGAAACCGCGUCGGAAACCGAGUCUCAUCCCAUACCACCAAAUAUAGUACUGGGCAGCUCCUAACCCCUAGCCACACAAUGCCAAGUUCGAUACGAUUUUCAAAUGUCAUCGUCAUUUUCUUUCAAAAAAAUCCACGAUCUUAACUUCAAUUUUGGCCAUGGACUUUAUUAUUAAUGCUGGAUGUUUGAUGAACUACUGCAUUUGCUUAAUUAGUU